AUGGCGCCCUCGAAGUCGGCCACCCACUUUCUCGACUUUGUGGAUGCCUCUCCCACCCCCUACCAUGCCGUGGCCGAGUCUGCCGCCCUGCUCCAAAAGGCCGGGUUCCAGCUGCUCCGCGAGCGCGACAACUGGUCCGCCGCCUCGUCGGCCGUCAAGCCCGGCGGCAAGUACUACCUGACGCGCAACGGCUCGUCCAUCGUGGCCUUUGCCGUCGGCGCCAAGUGGCGGCCCGGCAACCCCAUCGCCAUGGUCGGCGCCCACACCGACUCGCCCUGUCUCCGCAUCAAGCCCGUCAGCAAGAAGUCGGCCAACGGCUUCAUGCAGGUCGGCGUCGAGACCUACGGCGGCGGCAUCUGGCACACCUGGUUCGACCGCGACCUGAGCGUCGCCGGCCGCGUCCUCGUCAAGGACGGGAACGGCAACUUUGAGCAGAAGCUCGUCAAGGUCGACCGCCCCAUCCUGCGCGUCCCCCACCUGGCCAUCCACCUCAACCGCGAGCCCAGCUUCAACCCAAACAAGGAAGACGAGCUGCUGCCCAUCGCCGGCCUGGUAGCCGCCGAACUGAACCGCACCGGUGCCGACGCUGACCCCGCCGCCGCUGACGCAAAGGACGAGCCCGAAGCCAACUUUCAGCCCCUCAAGGCCCUCUCGGAGCGCCACCACCCCUACCUCCUGGAAGUUGUCGCCGGCGAGAUCGCCGUCGAGCCCUCCAAAAUUGUCGACUUUGAGCUCGUGCUCUACGACACGCAAAAGUCGUGCCUGGGCGGCCUCCACGACGAGUUCAUCUUCUCAGCCCGCCUCGACAAUCUCAACAUGACGUACUGCAGCGUCAUGGGCCUGAUCUCGUCGGUCGAGUCGGCGAGCCUCGACGCCGACUCGAGCAUCCGCCUAAUCGCUUGCUUCGACCACGAGGAGAUUGGCUCGCUAUCGGCUCACGGCGCCAACUCGAACCUCCUCCCGGCCAUCCUACGCCGGCUAUCGGUCCUACCGCCAGCCGUGUCCAAAUCAUCGUCAGACGGCUCGUACGAGCACGUCGGCGACGCCGAGUCGGCGACGGCUUUCGAGCAGACGCUGAGCACGUCGUUCCUCGUAUCGGCCGACAUGGCGCACAGCGUGCACCCCAACUACUCGCGCAAGUACGAGGCCAACCACCAGCCUGAGAUGAACAAGGGCACCGUCAUCAAGGUCAACGCCAACCAGCGCUACUCCACCAACUCGCCCGGCAUCGUGCUCGUGCAGGAGGCCGCCCGCCGCGCCGCCGUCCCCCUCCAGCUCUUCGUCGUCAAGAACGACUCCCUCUGCGGCAGCACCAUCGGCCCCAUGCUGUCCGCCAAGAUGGGCGUCCGCACCCUCGACCUCGGCAACCCCCAGCUGAGCAUGCACAGCAUCCGCGAGACGGCCGGCUCCCACGACGUCGAGCAUGCCAUCAGGCUGUUUGACAGCUUCCUCAGCAACUACUGCGAGCUCGAGAGCAAGAUUCUUGUUGACUAG